UCAAACAAACAAACAACAAAACAGAAGAGAAGCGAAGCAGAAGCUCGCACAGAGGGGGGAGAGAGAGAGUGAGAGAGGGUUUCUUGGACUUUUGCUGGGUGCGAAGGGCGCGUAGGAUAAGCUUGGGGGGGAGAAGAGGGAGUUGUGUUGAGCUUGUGGGUGGGCAUGGAGGAGCUCCAGUGAGCUGGUUCUGGGUGUAGAUUUGGAGGUGAGUUUGGGUUUCCACCAAAGCAAUGGCAGCUGCCGAUUUUAGCAGGGAGCGCUACAGAAGAACGGGGCUGGCUCUGGUUCUGUGCUUCUGGGGCCUGAUUUCCUUAUCCUGCGCCGCUAGGUUACCGGCCUCCAGGCAGAAGCUCGAGGUCAGGAAGCACUUGAACCGCUUGAACAAACCCCCUGUUAAAACCAUCAAGAGCCCGGAUGGGGAUAUCAUUGACUGUGUCCACAUCUCUCAUCAGCCGGCUUUUGAUCACCCAUUCCUCAAAGACCACAAAAUACAGAUGAGGCCAAGCUAUCACCCAGAAGGGCUUUAUGAUGAGAGCAAGAUUUCCACAGAUAAGAAGAAAGAAGGAGCGGCAAUGCCAAUUACUCAGCUGUGGCACAUGAAUGGUAGAUGCCCUGAAGACACCAUACCCAUCAGAAGAACUAAGAAGGAUGAUGUGCUCAGAGCAAGCUCUGUGAAAAGAUAUGGAAAGAAGAAGCACAGAAGCACCCCUCAGCCCAGGUCUGCAGAUCCUGACCUUAUCAACCAAAGUGGUCAUCAGCAUGCAAUAGCUUAUGUUGAAGGAGAUAGAUACUAUGGAGCAAAGGCAACCUUAAAUGUUUGGGAACCUAAAAUACAGCAGCCCAAUGAGUUCAGCUUGUCUCAGCUUUGGAUAUUGGGUGGUUCAUUUGGUGAAGAUCUCAAUAGCAUUGAAGCUGGCUGGCAGGUCAGCCCGGAUCUUUAUGGUGACAAUAACACAAGAUUGUUCACUUACUGGACCAGUGAUGCAUAUCAAGCCACUGGUUGUUACAAUCUACUCUGCUCCGGCUUCAUUCAAGUCAACAGCCAAAUAGCAAUGGGCGCAAGCAUCUCCCCGGUUUCUGCCUAUCGUGAUUCUCAAUACGAUAUCAAUAUCCUCAUAUGGAAGGAUCCGAAAGAGGGAAAUUGGUGGAUGCAAUUUGGAAGUGACUAUGUGUUGGGGUAUUGGCCUUCUUUCCUGUUCUCAUACCUGGCCGACAGUGCUUCGAUGAUUGAGUGGGGUGGGGAGGUAGUGAACUCAGAAUCUGAUGGCCAACACACCUCGACCCAAAUGGGCAGUGGUCGUUUCCCGGAAGAAGGAUUCAGCAAGUCGAGCUAUUUCAGGAACAUUCAAGUUGUGGAUAGCUCCAACAACCUCAAGGCUCCCAGAGGGAUCGGCACCUUCACUGAGCAAUCAAACUGCUACGAUGUUGAAACUGGCAGCAAUGGCGAUUGGGGCCACUUCUUUUACUAUGGAGGCCCUGGUAGGAACCCUAAUUGCCCGUGAUGAAAAGCUCCCCUCUGUAUCAUUCGUAGUAGCCUAAGGCCCUAUCUUCUCCCCCUUCUAUAUCUUUCUUCUUCCGUAGCUUUUAGGUUGGCUAGCAAAUGCAGUGUCCUCUGUGUUGGGAAAGUUUUGGCUCUUGUAUUUUGCUUGAGCUUCUCCAUUGAAGUGAUUGGGGAAGUGGCCAAGUUUCCAAUAAGCUUGAAUAGAAACUGGCCUCAAGUCAUCAUCUUCCUUGUAUUCUAUUUGUUUCUUUUUCAGUUGUUGGAGUGGUUGGUAUGUGUCAAUGGCAGAGUGGACUUCCUGGUGUUGGUUUUAGAUUAGAAUGGCAUGGAGUCUGUAACUAUAGGUUUGUACCAUUUCAUGCAUCAAUCAAGCAUUAUUAUCAGUAUUAUUAUUA